GAAGCUAAAUUAAUUCAACGAUAUCGUGACUUCAAUCAAACAACUCGUUCUCUCUGAGUUACCCGCAUUCCACCGAUCCGAUCCUCAUCUCCAGAUCCAAAUCAGAAUCCGAAAUAAUGUCAUCGACUUUUAGCGGCGAUGAGACGGCACCGUUCUUCGGCUUUCUCGGCGCUGCUGCCGCUCUAGUCUUCUCUUGUAUGGGAGCGGCGUACGGUACGGCGAAGAGCGGCGUUGGGGUGGCGUCCAUGGGUGUGAUGCGACCGGAGCUGGUGAUGAAGUCGAUUGUGCCAGUGGUUAUGGCUGGAGUGUUGGGUAUUUAUGGAUUAAUUAUUGCUGUGAUUAUUAGUACUGGAAUUAACCCCAAGGCUAAGUCUUAUUACUUGUUCGAUGGAUAUGCUCACCUUUCUUCCGGUCUCGCUUGUGGCCUCGCUGGCCUUUCUGCUGGUAUGGCCAUCGGUAUCGUCGGUGAUGCCGGUGUUAGAGCAAAUGCACAACAGCCAAAGCUCUUUGUUGGGAUGAUUCUUAUUCUUAUCUUUGCUGAAGCACUUGCUCUUUAUGGCCUCAUCGUUGGCAUCAUCCUCUCUUCUCGAGCCGGUCAGUCAAGAGCAGACUAGAAGACAUCAUUUGGCUUGAGAACUACGGUUUGUUACUAUCAAUUGCACACUAAAUUAUGUUCUCUCCAAUUCCAAAUGGUAGUUCGGGUGUGGCAGACUAUUUUUUUUUUUUUUUAAACUUUAUAUGUGCUUGGCAAUUGCUUAGCCUGAGGAAGUGGGUUAUUGAUACUGCGCUGAUGAUAUAUAGUAAAUGAUGAGUUGAGUUUGGUCCUUUCAGAAAUAAAGUUCUCAACUAGGCUUUGUGAUGAUGUUUUUUGAAAGGACAUAAUUUAGUUUUCCUUGGUAUCAAACCAUUAUGUGUAUGAAUCUGUUGAACAAUAAUUAUUAUAUAUAUUUGAUUACA